CCUGGGAGACAAAGGAACAUCAUAAGAGAGCACAAAAUCCCCCUUUUCAUGUCUCAUAAACCACCCAUUUAUGUGUUAAUCCAAGUUCUCGGUUGUACUCAACUUAUAAAGCCCAGCUAUCCAUCGCCAUGCCACCCAUGCUGGAAGCUCCAGCCCGCCGCCAAAUGAGGGCCGCACUGAAGGACUUGGCGCUGAAGAUCAAGAGCCUUCGAGUUGAUGAACUAGACCUACAGCUAUUGGAAAAACUCAAUAUUCGAGUCAAUCUUAUGUCGCUAGAUGAGGCGUCACCACACAAACCAUCGUAUUUCGCCCCUUUGAAAGACCACGCAAUUCCAGAUCCCAAGGAUGAUGACCUUGUUGGACCAUAUAAUGGUCUAAAUGAAGAAACGGAGCCAGCUUUCACCAGUCCUAUCGAUCGUGCAUAUGCGGUAGAUAUUCACUUCUCUUCUUACAUUACCUAUUACUCUAUGAAGGCCGACCGUGAAGGAUAUAGGACUACCUGGUUCUCGAAAUGUGUUGGCGAUUCACCAUUUGAAAAAUCUAGUCUGUACAAGUAUGAACAGCCUGAGUUCGGGUGCUAUCGUAUCGCCGAGUUGAACGGCCCUACACGUCCACAUGUCAAGGCAGUCAUGUACAAUAAUCUAGUCGCCACAGAUUCCACAAUCCUCUUCGGCGAGUUGAUGCCAAUCCUUCGAAUUAUGCUGACACAGCUUCGGAGGCGGAAGUUCAUUCAUGAAAUGGUUUCACCGGUCUUGAUAUUCUCGCUCAUGGGGCUACAAGCCCGAGUGAUUGAAGCAUUUUUCCACGGUGGGAAUCUGGUGCUGCGCCCGACUAAGAUGUAUGACUUCAGCCACGGAAACUCCGAUGCCUUUAAAUCACUGGCCCAGUGGUAUAUCUUGGGAGAACCUAUUGGGGAUACUACCCAGGCUUCCUGAUACAUUGCGGGUUUCGCAUCUGUUUGACAUCACGUGUUUGUCAGAUGCAUGCUUAUGGUUGUCAAUCAUGUUGUUCUCUAGUUCUCCUUCAUCGUUCAAGCAGGGAGUCAUGGUCUCUGGGAUGUGUCACGUGGGGGAGUUGCAAGGCGUAUGUUUGCUUACGAAUUAUAUGACUAAUUUGGGAUGGGUCUGUUUCUUUCUUGUGAUGUUUCUCAGCAGCCCGUCUUGCAUUAAUAUUUUGGAGUGUACUACGACCCUAUCUACGAUUAGAGAAGCUUAUGAACCGAACUUCUUUCCAUAGUGGGACAGGUGUCCGGCUCUGACUUCGCGUAUAGCCGGAUGCUGGCAUAGUGCACAAAAUAUACACCACGAGUAUGAUAGAGCUAGGUCACCACCCAGACAGGAAAAUAGUCGGAGAACAGGCCGUGAUGUUACAGAUCCUUUGAUUAUUAGAGCUGACAUUGCUGCAAUUUCCUACACCCUUCGAUGCCCGAGAC